AUGCGCCUGAUUUCGCAGCUCGCGGGUGGACUGUUGGCGAGCAGCCUUCUGGUUCACCUAGCGCUGGCAAGCACGGAGCGUGAAAUCCAGGCACGAGCUCGAGUGCAGAAGCCGAAGCCAUGCCCUGCUCCAUGCUCCAGCACAGACCCAGCCGAUUGGUUCGUUUACCCUAAUUUGGAAAGACUUGCGCAGUGCAAUGAAAGCAUGCUUCUCGAUUUCAACAUCUACAACACAGUGACUGAUCCUCAACAUCAUUCAACCAUCUACACUUGCACAACCCCCGGAGACCUUGCUUCCUGGGCCCCAUCCAGCACCAAUUUAUCCGACAGCGGCUCCAGCUCUCCUGUUACGUAUGAGGUUGGCAUUUGGAAAGCCAGCUCCCCACCGGGAAGCUCGCAGCUUCUCGCUCUACUGCGAGAUAUGCACAGCUACCUGAUUGCCAACCCUCACAAGGGAGAAUUAUUCGGCUACUCUAAUCGAGUAAGCGUCGGGGUUUACCUCGGUGGUAGUUUGCAGCUGACUCCCAACGUUGAUUACAUACUCAAUGAGAUGAUCUCUCUGUCACAAAAUUUCACUUACGACCGGGCAAUCUUGCAAUACUGCGGUUCAAACGCCAAUAAUACUUUGGGUGUGGCAGUUUCAACGAACGGAGACAUCACUACUGUACAACAAUACAUCCAAUCCUGGAGCAAGGCCGACUGUAUAUCGGACUAUGACAGCCACAGUUCUGGAACAACAACCCUGUGGACUAGCCAAACAGGGCUUCGCAACAGUACUGGUGCAUUCACUACUAUUACGUCAAAUACAAGUACCUCAUCCCACUCGUUGACUCGCCGUCGUUCUCAGCACGGCCACUUCCACGGCCACACUCAUUCACACACCCACACUCAUCUGGCUCACCGUGACAGCAGCUGUUCAUAUAUCCAGGUGGUGUCAGGUGAUUCAUGUGCUACACUCGUCUCAGAAUGUGGUAUCACUGCUGCUGAGUUCUACCAAUAUAAUACUGCCUCAGAUCUGUGCUCGACACUAGAAGUUGGACAAUAUGUGUGCUGCUCCUCCGGGGGUUUGCCAGAUUUCUCCCCAUCCGCUUAUAGCAACGGCACCUGUUAUACCUACACAGUCCAGUCCGGUGACACUUGUUCGGCGCUGGCGCAAACUUACAGCCUCACGGUCGCGGAGAUCGACUCCUACAAUAACGAUACAUGGGGCUGGUACGGCUGUGAUGACUUGCAGGCGGGGACCAACAUUUGUCUUUCCACAGGCAAUGCCCCCUACCCGGCAGCUAUAACCAACGCUGUUUGUGGGCCCCAGGUGCCGGGAACCAACUUCACUGAUGCACCCACUUCCUUUUACUGGGCUCAGUUAAACCCGUGUCCUCUAAAUGCAUGUUGUGAUGUCUGGGGUCAGUGUGGUACUACCCCAUUGUACUGCAAUGACACGCGAGCUUCCACAGGGGCCCCAGGUACCGCAGCCGCUGGCUCAAAUGGUUGCAUCUACAACUGUGGAACGAACAUUACCAACUACGCCGAGGAGCCGUCGGGGUAUGAUGUGAUUGGUUAUCUGGAAGCCAGCAGUGUCAACCGUACGUGUCUCAGAUGGGAGGCCUCUGACGUGAAUACUACAAAGUAUACGCAUGUCAAUUUCGGCUUUGGAAACAUUGCAUCCGACUUCUCUAUCAAUGUAGAUGGGAUGGAAUCCGAUUUUAAUCUUUUUCUGAAACUGGUUGGAACUAAGCGAAUCUUGUCCUUUGGUGGAUGGGACUUUUCGACGAGCAGCAGCACGUAUAUGAUAUUCCGUGAGGGAACCGCUGCGGCAAAUCGUGAGACAUUCGCGACGAAUGUGGCCAAUUUCAUUACUGAGAAAGGACUUGAUGGAGUCGACUUCGAUUGGGAGUACCCUGGGGAGCCUGAUAUCUCCGGGAUUCCGGCAGGUGGUUCAGAUGAAGGCGAGAACUAUCUGGAAUUUCUGAAAGCCCUGCGUGCACUCGUGGCGAAUGAUACAAUCAUUUCGGUAACUGCUCCGUCAUCGUACUGGUAUCUGAAAGCCUUCCCAAUCGCUGAGAUGGCCGAAGUCGUUGACUAUAUCAAUUACAUGACUUACGAUCUUCAUGGUAUCUGGGAUCUGGGCAACGAGUAUUCGCAAUGGGGUUGCAGCGACGGAGACUGUUUGUUCUCGCAUGUGAAUAUGACGGAAACAAUGUGGGCAUUGGCGAUGAUCACCAAAGCUGGGGUAGCGACGAAAGACAUUCGCGUCGGUGUCUCCAGCUACGGCCGUUCCUUUCAUAUGACCACCGCGGGUUGCUAUGAGUCGUGGUGUACAUAUGAUACUGCGGGCGCCGCAGGACCCUGCACUGACACAGCCGGAUACAUCGCUGAGGCCGAGAUGGAGGAGAUUCUAGCCUCGGAUACGACGACCCAGACUUACUCCACGUACGACACUGAUAUUCUGGUUUAUAACGAGACCCAAUGGGUAGGCUACAUGAAUUCCACUACGCGCGCGAGCCGGAUGGCAUACUACGAGCAGUUCAACUUCGGUGGCACGGCCGAGUGGGCCAUUGACCUGGAGACCAAUCCUCUAGAAGACUCAGACGAUGAUGAUGAUGGCACCAGUCCUUUAACCACCACCACGAGCACUACGACUGUCACCAUCGACCCAACUGUCUGGAUGGAGCCCUCUCCAGUCGUAACCUGCGUGCCGCCUUGCCUCAUGAUCAUGCCGCCUAAGCCGCUGGAAACUACAACCACCAUUACCUUCAGCGAGUGGGACACGCACAUCACAUGGGCCUCCACGGCCACCAAGACCACAACUCUGGCCAACGGAAAUGUCGUGACCUACAAAUCCAUGCAGAAUUCGGCCAUUCCCACGCGACUUUCUAUCGCUCCCGUUACCACCAAUUAUGUCAAUGUCUGGAACCAGGCCAUCACGCCAGGCCAAACCAGGGUCUAUCAGACCAGCUCUAUCCUUCCCACUCCUUUUCCUGUGGUGUAUACCCCAACGGUGGGCGGCGUGACAAACGUCUAUGGGGGUACGACAAGUACUAUUGCAGGUGUCAGUUGGUCCUUUGGGAAUGCCACCUACACCAGUCCCGCAUGGACUGGAGUAUUUGGGGGCACAACCAGCGUGACAGGGGGCACAACAUUGUCUCCUUCAACGACUAUUGUUACGCCACACCCUUACCCCACCGACACCAGCACUACUGAUCCGGUCCUGAACACUCGUACUACUCGAAUGAGCACAGGAUCCCCUGCUGGACCGACCCCUACCUCUUCUGGAGAGCACACCGGUCAUCACUGUGUCAUAUUCUGCGCCUGUGCAGCUUGCCCUCCUGAUCUCGAUCUGGAUGGGAGCUUUGGGGGAGAAGAUGAUAGCGGUGGUGGCGGGAGCAGUGGCAGCAGCGGGAGCAGCAAUGACAGUGGAGACGACAGCGACGAGUCCAGCAGCACGAGCAGCACCAGCACUAGCACUGAAACGGCGGACGUAACCAUGGGCGGAGCAGGCACUACCAUCUACUACGAGUUCGUUCCCACCGCCGCGUCCACCAAUUCUGCAUUGCAGUCAUCGAUCGAUCAAUACCUGGGAUCCGUCUUCCGAUCCCUCUACGGUAGUGAGGUGGCGGCCAUCACCGCCACGGAAACCGGCACCGCUGCCGAAGCAAGUAUCACUUCCAGCAGCCCUCUUUGUGUAGAGGCCCAGGAUCCUGACAGUGGAUCGGAUGACACCGUCUGCUCCUGCAGCGGAGGUAGCGGAAGUUACCCAACCCUCACUGUCGGGACCAACCCAUGCGGAUACACAGCGUUGCCGACCAAGACGACCACCGAUGCAUAUCCUUACACCUUCACCCAGGCCGAUGGCUGGAUCGUCGGCUGCGCCUCCACGGGCAUCAUUGACGAUGUGAGCUACUGCACUGGCUCUCGCACCACGGUGGGCGUCGAUCGCACCAUAGACCCAUACCCUUACACCUUCACUCAAGCGGACGGCGAUAUCGUCGCUUGUGCUACCACGGGCAUCAUCGACCAUGUGAGCUACUGUUCUGGCUCCCGCACAACCGUCUCUACAGCCUCGGCAACCGCCACGGAAACCUCUCAGGCCUUUGCCAUCUGGCGCACCAAGACAGUGGAGAAGUCCUGUGUCAACUCCAAUUGUAUUACGGUCACCGACGGCAAUAAAGUUAUCGCUUCAUCAGCAGAUACCACCGACGGGGACUUCUGCGAGGACCUUGCGUAUGAAGCGACCAAUUCCAAUACAGGGAAGGCCCUGACUACGAAGUUGGUCGCUGAUUUCACCUUUUCGGACUGGUCCGUUUGUGGUGUCUCCGGAGGCUACUCCUGCACUGAGACAUCGAGCACCUCGGGGGUGUGGGAGUGUGCUGAUGCCGAUGGAGGAAAUACUGCCCGUUGUGUCAAGUCCACGGAUAGUUCAUCGCCGUUGGUUACGUGCGAGGAGACUAGGACGGGUAAUGGUGAGGAUGUGUAUUCGUACUUGUUGGCUAAUUGUACUGCGGAGUGGAGUUGUGCGGUGGAUUUUUAG